UAGGCCUUGCAUAGACGGAUUCAUUGCUGGUUGUAGGCCUUAUCUUAGCAUAGAUUCUACUGCUCUUAACGGUAAAUGGAAUGGACACUUAGCUUCAUGUACAACACUAGAUGGGAACAAUUGGAUGUUCCCUAUUGCAAUUGGCUUCGUAGAUGGAGAGACCGAGGAUAACUGGACAUGGUUUAUGGAACAAGUGCGCAAGGCCAUUGGUCCACUUCCUCUUCUUGCUAAUUUUGUGAAGAAAUUCCAUGGUGACACUCACAAAAACAUGUGGCCAGCCGCUAAAACCUAUAGACCUGAACGUUUUGUCUACCACAUGCAAAAUGUCCUUGCUGCUUGUCCUGAUGUUGGUCCAUAUUUGACUCAAUAUCAUAAUUUGUUGUGGAUGAGAUCUAGCUUCAACACUGAGAUCAAAUGUGAUUACAUACAUAACAACCUUGCCGAGUCUUUCAAUGGUUGGAUCAAAGAAAUAAAGGAUCUCCCCGUUGAUGAGCUAGCUGACACAUACAGGCAAUGGGUAAUGAAGUUAUUUCAGCUUAGGAGAACAAUUGGGUCCUUGCUUAAUGGCAAAAUCCUUGGCUUUGUAAUGUAUCCACCACGUCCGAAGGUGUCUGCAGGAAGGCGCAGGAAGAACAGGAUUAAGAGCUUCUUGGAAGGUGGUGGUAGCAAAAGCAAGGCAAAAGGGAAUGAAAAGGAAAAGAAAAGACUGGGAAGCCAAAAUAGAUGCAAAAAAUGUGGUGUGUUGGGCCAUAGGCAGAAUACUUGCCCAACAAAUGGCACUAGGAAAAGAAAAAGAAAGAGUAAAAAGAGCUCAGCUGGAGGUGCAUUGACAAUAGAUGAGGCAGCUGCUAGAGCAGCAUGUGUGGAUCUACCGAUUUCUGAAAGUCAGUGCACACCUAUAAAGAAUUCAAUGGUAGCUACGCUCCAAGCUAGCCCUGGACCGGUCACUAGAAGGCAACUAUCUUUGGCUAUGGCUGAGGAUGCAGCACUGGAGCAUAUGGUGUCGCCACCACGAGAUGUCGAGAAGAUAGCUCCGAAGAAGAUAACACCAAGGAAGAAGAAAAAAAACUAGCUUUGACAAGUUCUGGGUGUUGCUGUUGGUUAUUUGUGAGAUGUGGACUCACUAAAAUACGUAUGCUAUGAAUGUUGGUCCUUUUGUGAUGCAACCAAAGACAUCAGAUUUGUACUCCUUUUGUGAUGCAACUAAAAACAUCAAUUUCUGCUCC